AUGAGCGCUCGUGUUCCUAUGACUCCCCAGCCUAUCGAUGCCCCUCUCACAGGAUCGGCGACCUUCCUGGUCCUGUCAGUAAAGGACGACCCCGAAGCGAUCCGGACGACACGCUCCGCCCUCGCGAGCAUUGACGAUCUCACGAAGAACGUCUCAUUUCGCGACCUGAAGGCCUCGUUCGCAUGCACCGUUGGCAUCGGCAGCGACAUCUGGGAUCGCCUCACAGGUCUGCCACGGCCCGCGGAGCUGCAUCCCUUCCGUGAGGUCAAGGGCAAAGUGCAUACGGCAGUCUCCACGCCCGGAGACCUCCUGUUCCACAUCCGCGCGGAGCGAAGAGACCUCUGCUUUGAAUUCGAGAAACAGUUGAUGGACAUUCUCGGGGACGCGGUGACAGUCGUCGACGAGACCAACGGCUUCCGCUAUUUCGACGUCCGCGACCUGCUAGGGUUUGUGGAUGGCACGGCCAACCCCGUCGGCCAGGCCCUUCCGGUCUCAACUCUGAUCGAUACUGAAGACGCCUCUGCGACAGGUGGUAGUUAUAUUGUCGUGCAGAAGUACCUGCAUGAUAUGAAGGGGUGGAGAUCGCUGCCCGCCGAACAGCAGGAAGCCAUUAUCGGCCGCACGAAGCUGGACAACGUGGAACUUGAGGACGCUGAAUCUGGCCAGCAGUCGCAUAAAUCGCUCAACACGAUCGAGGAUGACGAUGGAAACGAGCUGAGUAUCUUGCGGGAUAACAUGCCUUUCGGAUCGCCCGGCUCGGGCGAGUUUGGGACUUAUUUCAUCGGCUACACGCGACGUUUAUGGGUGAUUGAGAAGAUGCUGGAACGGAUGUUCGUGGGUGAUCCCCCGGGUUUACAUGAUCGUCUGUUGGAUUUUUCAACGGCGAAAACUGGGACGACUUUUUUUGCGCCUUCUGCAAGCACAUUGGCUAGCCUCGAUCCUGAUUGA